UUAAAUCUGCCUGCAACUAUAUUAACAGCAACAAAAGCAGUGACAACAGAAGGGUCUCUGAUCAAUUGCAACAAUCACUUAAAUAAACAACAAUACAUAGAAGUAAUUAAGGCUCCAGUCAAGUUUAUAACAACAGAAGCAACAACAUCAGCAACCACACCAGUAGACUCAACUAUAAAUUUCAUAAAUAACUUAAUAGUUACAAAUAAAAAAGAUAUAGAAAACAACAAUAGCCUAAACAGACAAACUAACGGUUUUGAAGGUUAUAAUGAAAAUUAUAAUGAUGAUGAUGAUAAAGAAGAAGAUGAUAAUGAGGUUACGAAAAGAAUAACAAUAACGAAAACAGGUUUAGCGGGUGAUUUAAUAUUAACACAUGAUUAUCAUGUAGUGCAGAUUGAAAACGAUUUAAAUGAAAGUGAAGCAGACUUUAUCUCAGGUUAUGAAGAGAAGAAGAAUUUUAAAGGUGAAUUUGCUUAUUUCGUACCUUACGAUGGUUCAGAACCGUAUACUUUGAUAUUGGGGGAAAAUUUCUAUUUUAAUGUAACUGCAUUUCAAUUCCAGAGUUGAAAUGAUUAGGACUUGAAAAUAUAUAAAAUUUAC